GCCUGGGAGCUGCAGAGGUAAAUCAACAUGGCGGCCAUCGCUUGACAAGUGAAAAUAAGAUUUCGUACACCGAUGUCAACUGGCAAAUAGUUAAAUUAUGUAAUAGUGAAACCUUAUACACCGUUUGGAAUAUCAAAAAUCCGUCCAAGUUAAGGAGCCAUGUCGCAGCACAUGAAUGGCACGGCGGCCCAUCAGCGCAGUGCCAACACAAGCCUGAACGGCAGCAUGAACGGCCAUUCCUUCGGUCUUCCAGGAGUCGACCAAGAACAGCUCAAGAGCCGGCUGUAUUCCUAUGCUCCCAACCAGGUCUCAGAAAAUACAAAGGCUCUGAAGUUCAAGAGGAUAACUCCAGCACAGAAAAUCACUAGAUCCAAACCCACAUCCACAAAGUUGGAGCCACUGCCGGGCCUGGCGAAAUUCCAAGAACAUAAUCAGCCCGAGUACAUCCGACGCAAGGCUGCCGAGGAGCAGGCAGCCAGAGGGUUGGUGAUUGGUCAAUCACAGGGGGAGCCUGACGCUAAGAAGCCAUGCAGGCCCGGGUCCGUGGAGCCGCUGGAGCGACCUCCAAGUGCGACCCCUUUACCAGAGCUUCCUGAUGAACUCAAACAGAAACAGAAUUCCUUUGUGGGAGGUGCACUACGGUCCCCGACCCCACCCAAGGAACCCAAGCCCCCUAGCCCCCGUCCGGGGCACACCCGGGGCGCCACGGUCAACAUACCGGUCCAACAGGGUCCGGAAGAGUUGGAGGGAGUCCGUGACAUCAGUGAGAUCAUUCGUAUCAUGAGGGAGAAGCCUAAACUAGGAUUUCUGUACAUGUCCCCUGCCGUGCCCAAGGCCUCUGUGUUGUACCAUCCAUACAAUCUCAAAAUUGUCGACCACAACGGCAUCAACCACAGCGAUUACUACACCAUCAGUCGUAAAGGCGUCACCCACAUGCAGCCCAACGAGACCGUCUUCACUGACUUGGACCGAUGGGAGCAGGAGUACAUGUUCUACACGCGCCUCGUCAAGAUCCCGACAUUUGCCCUCUUCCGCAAGUGGAAGGCCUUCACCACGUGGCGCAAGAACGUCUGUUCGCGCAAGAUCGCAAACUGUAAGAAGCAACUGCAGGAGAAUCUGUUCAUUGUGAACCCGUCUUUGCGACCAGCUCUCCUGAAUGUGCGUGAGAUGUGCUACCGCAUCAGCGACAUGGGUCUGUGUAAGGUAGAGAAGGGAAACACGUACACGCUGGCCGACUUCACUAUAGCACAGUUUGCACAGCUUAACGAGGUUGCUGGCCGGUUGGCAGAAUUCCGUGAGUUAGUGAAAGAGGUCGUCCGUAGCGCCUGCCGCACUGCCCUGCUUGAAGCCGGCUUCACUCCGGAUGACUACUUCCUGGAUGCUGAGAGUCCUGGAGGAGAGGAAGGAGGCCCACCAGGCACGGCAGCAUCCAGUUACCUAAUGCAGAGCAACUUUGACAUGGACAUCUAUGGAGACGCACCGGAUAAGAUGACCUACACAGAGCAAGCUAAUAAACGCAGUCACUGUAGACGACUGACAUGUUUCAUUCGGCUGGCCGACUACCUGAUAGUCAACACCAUGCACGUGUUGGCAGUCAACUCGGUCACCACCUUGCUGAACUACCUGAAGGAACAGCUGCAGAAUACGCCCUCCCUAGCCCAGAUACAAGGCAAGGAGGAGAAAGCAGAGGAGCCUGAAGACAAGGGUACCUCUGACCUAACCGCCGCCUCCUUAGCCGGCACCAACACCUUAGGCUUCCAGGAGGACACCAUCGACCACUCCCUGACGCCCCUCUUCCUGACGGAGUUUAUCCUGGAGCCCAUUCAGAUCCUCUUCGCUCCGGACCUGGACGAGUAUCAGGAUGGAAUAGCUGAGGUCAUCACUGAGUUCCAGAACUGUGUGUUAGGUGUCAUCAACUUGGUGCCUGACAACUACUUUGAUGCGUUCACCAGACCGAUUAUCAAUGGCAAGUUUGAGGAGAAGACAGCGGGAGAUGGACCCAGUCUGACAGCCAUGUUUGAAGACGACAAGCAUCUACACGGCGUCAUACAGAGUCUCAAGGACUGCAUCACGAAAGCCUUUGAUGCGGCCAACCAGUACGCAGACACCUUUGAGCCCUUCAGAGAGUUCUACCGUGAGAAUGAGAGCUUGGACGUGGAGGCCAUGAGGGAACAGGAACACGAUGUGGAGUUUUUCUCAGAGGCCCUGGAGCGAUACAACAGACAGCAUGCCGGGGUUGAGGCCAUCGUCCUGAGACGACCCAUCGGGAUGUUGAUGGUGGACGCGGUGAAGAUGAGAAAUAAGCUCAUCCCGUCACCGCUCAGAUGUCUUGAUGUCAUCAACGACAUCCUGCCUAAGCUAUCCAAGCGACGUGUUGAUAAGUUGAUUGCGGAGGCCCAAGACGCCCAGUACAAGCUGGAGAUCAUCCCCAGCACCACCAACGAGUUUGUGGAAGCUCUGACCUUCCUGGAUGAGAUACAAGAAAGGAUUGAUCCCUUGGAGGCCGAAGCCAUCAUCAUCAAGGACAUGUAUGACCUCGUGGAUCAGUACCACGUCCCUACCCCACCAGAGGACUUCGCCGUCUACCAAACCCUGGCUCCGUCGGUCACUGCCGUACGCAACGCCAUUGACAAGGCCGUGGGUGAACGCGACGCCAAUGUGGACAAAUUCUGCAACCAUCUUGACAAGGACAUUGCGGAGCUGAAUAAGGAUGUCAAGAGUAUCAAGCAGGAAUCACAGAACCCAAUGAUCUUAGAUUCCAACGCUGAGCAACCCAAGGUCAUGGCUCUACUCAACAAGCUAGGAGGCAGACUCGAAAUGCUCCAGAAGACUGCGUUCUUGUACAAGUCCUACCAGAAGAACUUUAAGGUGGAAGUGUUCAAGUAUGAAGAGUUGGAGGAAACCCACGCUGAGUUGAAACUGAAACAGCUACUGUGGGAGUCACUGGAGGAAUGGGACAAAAUUGCUGUACAGUGGACAGAGUGUGAAUUUGACAAUCUGGAUCCUGAGGAGUUGUCGGGUACUGUGGCACGCUACGCCAAGUCCGUGCAUCAGCUGGAGAAGGGACUACCGCCCAAUCACGUGGUUCCUAAACUGAAGGAGAGAGUAGAAGGAAUGAGAGAGAAGUUGCCAGUGAUCACCAACCUGCGCAACCCCUCCCUGAAGCAGCGUCACUGGGAAGCCAUCGAGAACAUCUUAGACUUCAAUCUCCUCAAGUCGGAGGAACCCAUCUCCCUGGGUCUCCUGACCAACUUGGAUGCCUUCAGCCAUACUGAAGAGAUUGAGGAGGUAUCGGGCCAAGCGUCUAGCGAGGCUGCACUGGAAACCCUCCUCAAAAAGGUUGAAGAUGCCUGGAAGACCACAGAGUUUGUGGUCUUAGCCCACCGUGACUCCAAGGACGUCUUCAUCCUGGGCGGCACCGACGAGAUCCAGGUCCUCCUGGAUGACAGCCAGGUCAACAUCUCCACCAUCGCAAGCUCCCGCCACGUGGGGCCCAUCAAGCCCAGGGUGGAGGAGUGGGUGCGCAACCUGAACCUCUUCAGCGAGACGCUGGAGGAGUGGCUGACCUGCCAACGCAACUGGCUGUACCUGGAGAGCAUCUUCAGUGCUCCGGAUAUCCAGCGUCAGCUGCCGGCCGAAGCCAAGAUGUUCAUGCAGGUUGACAAGUCUUGGAAGGAGAUCAUGCGUAAGGCCAACCGCCUCCCACUAGCCAUGCGGGCUGCCACUCAGCCUGGCCUCCUGGAGACCUUCAAGAAUAACAACGCCCUGUUGGACCAGAUCCAGAAAUGUCUGGAGGCUUACCUGGAGUCUAAGAGAUGCAUCUUCCCCAGGUUUUACUUCUUGUCUAAUGAUGAGUUGCUGGAGAUCUUGUCACAGACGCGCAAUCCUCACGCCGUCCAGCCUCAUCUCAGGAAGUGCUUUGACGCCAUCGCAAAACUGGAGUUUGGAACGGUGGGCGCUACCGACGGAAAAACAUCACCCUCAGGAGACAAGGAAGCCGAGGCCGUGAAGACGUCCACCAACGACAUCAUCGCGAUGAUCUCCCCCGAAGACGAGAAGGUCAUCCUGGGCAAGGGCCUGAAGGCCCGAGGCAACGUGGAAGACUGGCUGGGCAAGGUGGAGGAAGCCAUGGUCAGCUCACUGCGCCGGCUGACCAAAGCGGCGUUGUCCGACUUUGAACAGCGCCCCCUGGAGGAGUGGGUGACCCAGCACGCCUCCCAGGUGGUGCUGACGGUGGCCCAGACCAUGUGGUGUCGGGACGUGAUUGAGAUUCUGGACGGGGACUGCGACCGGAUCGAGACCAUGAAGGAGUUUGAAGUCAAGAACUUUGAGAGCCUGAACCGACUCGCAGCCAUGGUGCGUGGCAACCUGACCAAACUGGUCCGCAACAUCCUGUGCGCUCUGAUCACCGUCAGCGUCCACGCCCGUGACAUCAUCACCAGCAUGGUCAAGAAUGGCGUAGACACCUCCAACAGCUUCGAGUGGGUGAAACAGAUGCGUUACUACUGGGACUUGGAGCUGGAUAACUGCGUGGUGCGCAUGUCCACGUCGCAGUACGUGUACGGCUAUGAGUACCUGGGAGCGUCAGCACGUCUGGUCAUCACGCCACUGACAGAUCGUUGUUACCUAUGCCUGAUGGGAGCCCUCCAGCUCGACCUAGGCGGGGCACCGGCCGGCCCGGCGGGUACCGGCAAGACCGAGACCACUAAGGAUCUGGCCAAGGGUCUGGCCAAGCAGUGCGUGGUCUUCAACUGCUCCGACGGCCUGGACUACAAGAUGAUGGGACGGUUCUUCUCUGGUCUGGCGCAAUCCGGCGCCUGGUGUUGCUUUGAUGAGUUCAAUCGUAUCGAUAUUGAGGUGUUGUCUGUCAUCGCGCAGCAGCUGAUUACAAUCAGAAACGCAAAGGCUGCGAAGCUGUCCCGGUUCAUGUUUGAGGGGCGCGAGAUCAAGCUAGUGUCAUCCUGUGCAGCCUUCAUCACCAUGAAUCCUGGCUACGCCGGCCGUACCGAACUCCCCGAUAACCUGAAAGCUCUGUUUAGACCCAUUGCCAUGAUGGUGCCUGAUUACGCCUUGAUCGCCGAGGUCAUCCUGUACUCGGAGGGUUUCGAGUCCUCCAAGAACCUAGCCCGCAAGAUGACCCAGAUGUACAAGCUGUGCAGCGAGCAGCUGUCCCAGCAGGAUCACUACGACUUUGGCAUGCGUGCCGUCAAGUCUGUCCUGGUGAUGGCCGGGGCCUUGAAACGAGGCAACCCGGAUCUAGGGGAAGACAUUGUGCUGAUCAGGGCUCUUCGGGACAGCAACCUGCCCAAGUUUCUGGCUGAUGAUGCUGUUCUGUUUGGGGGCAUCUUGUCGGAUCUCUUCCCCGGCUGUGUCCUCCCGGAGCACGACUACGGCACCUUGCAGACCUUCAUCGUUCAAGCCUUGAUAGAUAAGGGCCUACAACCCGAGGACUGUAUCGUCAAGAAAGUCAUCCAGUUAUACGAGACGAUGAUUGUACGUCAUGGCGUCAUGUUGGUGGGGCCGACCGGUGGUGGAAAGACGACCACGUAUGAGAUUUUGCAGCAAGCUUUAACUGAGCUUCACAAGGCUGGCGAGGACAGCCCAUACUACCAGCCAGUUAAGACCUACGUAUUGAACCCCAAGGCCGUGUCCAUGGGCGAGCUGUACGGAGAGGUCAACAAACUGACCUUGGAAUGGCAAGAUGGGUUGAUGGCUACCAUCGUCCGUGUUACCUCAGCCGAAACUACCGACGACCACAAGUGGAUCAUAUGCGACGGUCCCGUCGACGCUCUGUGGAUCGAGAACAUGAACACCGUACUUGACGACAACAAGAUGUUGUGCCUGGCCAACAGUGAACGUAUCAAGCUGUCCAAUUCCAUCCACAUGGUCUUUGAGGUCCAGGAUCUGGCCGUGGCCUCCCCGGCUACCGUCAGCAGAUGCGGUAUGGUGUACAUCGAUCCCGGUGAGCUGAAAUGGAUGCCUUACGUCCAGACCUGGAUCACCCAAUUCAAGGGAAAAGUCAAGGAGGAGACCUUCAACUACAUCCUGGAGUUGUUUCAGACUUACGUUGAGGACGGACUGAAGUUUGUCACUAAGAAAUGCAUCCAGGCCAUCAACCAGGUUGACAUCAGCAAGGUCAACACCCUCUGCUGCCUCCUAGAAGCCCUCGUCUUCAAGGGAAGCAUUGACCUCAAGAUGGAGACCAACCGUCUCCACUCCUUGAUCUGCACCACCUUCGUCUUCUGCUAUCUGUGGUCGAUCGGUGGGAACCUAGUCGAGGGCUGCUGGGAUCUGUUCGACACCUUCGUCAGAAACCAGUUUGAGGACAACGGAGACGCUAAGCUGAAUACCAGCGGUGACCUGUGGAGCUGCUACAUUGACUUUGACACCAAGCGCAUGGACAUGUGGGAGAAGAUUAUCCCCACCUUCAAGUACGACCCGGAGCAGCCGUUCUUUGACAUGCUGGUACCCACCAUGGACACCGUGCGUUUUGGCUACCUCAUGGAGAAACUACUGAGUGUGAACCGGUCGGUGCUGUUCACCGGUACUACAGGCGUAGGAAAGUCUGUGAUUGCGAGGGGAUUGUUGGAUGGUAUCAGCGAGAAGGUAAACUACGUCCCUGUCUACAUCAACUUCUCAGCCCAGACGACCAGCAUCCGUACGCAGGAGAUCAUCGAGGGGAAACUGGAGAAGAAACGCAAGACCAUCUUGGGUGCCCCGGCCGGCAAACGUAUCAUCAUUUUCGUUGACGAUCUGAACAUGCCUAAGCUGGACACCUACGGCUCCCAGCCACCCAUUGAGCUUCUCAGACAGUACCAGGACUUCCGGGGGGUCUAUGACCGGGAAAAACUCUUCUGGAAAGAGAUUCAUGAUGUGACAUUAUCGGCAGCUUGUGCUCCCCCCGGCGGUGGGCGUAACCCGGUCACCCCUCGACUCAUGAGACAUUUCAGUAUGCUGUGUGUGCCCACUGCAUCGGACCACAGCCUUAAGCAUAUAUUCAUGUCUAUCAUCAACGGAUUCCUGCACGACUUCCCACCAGCCGUCAAGGGCACGGCCGAAGCCAUCGUGGGCGCGGCCGUGGAGAUCUACGGUCGCAUGAGUACCGACCUGCUGCCAACGCCGGCCAAGUCUCACUACGUCUUCAACCUCAGAGAUCUCUCCAAAUGCGUGCAAGGUGUACUGCAGGCCGACCCGGGCGUGAUCCGUGACGGCGUGGGCAUGUUCCGUCUUUUCUGCCACGAGUGCCAGCGCGUCUUCCACGACCGUCUGAUCAACCUGGAGGACAAGGCCUACUUCAACGAGAUCAUGGCCGAGAUGGCUAGCAAGCACUUCAGUCAGAACAUUGAACCGGAGACCUUUGUCAAGAAACCGAUCAUCUUCGGGGAUUUCAUGAAGAUGGGUGCUGAGGAGAACGACAGAUUGUAUGAGGACAUCAUGGACUUGAAUAAACUCAAGAACGUCUUGCAAGAUUACCUGGACGACUGCAACUUGGCAUCCUCCAAAGAGAUGAAGCUGGUGUUCUUUGUGGAUGCAAUCCAGCAUGUUGCAAGGAUUAUCCGCAUCAUACGACAGCAGCGUGGUAACGCUCUGCUGGUAGGCGUCGGCGGGACCGGCAAGCAGUCUCUGACCAGGCUAGCCGCUCACAUCUGCAACUACAAAUGCUUCCAGAUUGAACUGUCUCGUGGCUAUGACUACUCCUCCUUCCAUGAUGAUCUCAAGAAGCUGUACGAGUUAGCCGGUGUCCAGAACCUGAACACCGUCUUCCUGUUCACCGAUACACAGAUUGUAGUUGAGGGGUUCCUCGAGGACAUCAACAACAUCCUGAACUCCGGCGAGGUGCCCAACCUCUUCGAGGCGGACGAGUACGAGCGCGUCGUCAUCGGUUGCCGGCCGGCCGCCAAGGAAGCGGGCAUCCCCGAGGGCAACCGAGACGAGAUCUUCAACUUCUUCAUCAACCGUGUCCGGCAGAACCUUCACAUCGUGCUGUGCAUGAGCCCCGUGGGCGACGCCUUCCGCUCUCGCUGCCGCAUGUUCCCUUCGUUGGUCAACUGCUGCACCAUCGACUGGUUCACUGAGUGGCCGCGCGAGGCGUUGCUGUCCGUCUCUGAGACGUUCUUUGAGAACGUUGAUCUGGGUGCUGAAGGCAUGAAGGGUAAGAUUGCUGAGAUGUGCGUGGAGAUCCACACCAGCGUCAGCACCAUGGCAGAACGUUUCUACUCCGAGCUGCGCCGCCGAUACUACACCACACCCACCAGCUACCUGGAACUGAUCAACUUGUAUCUCUCUAUGCUGUCUGAGAAGAGAAAGCAAUUGGUGAAUGCCCGCGACCGUGUCAAGAAUGGCCUGACCAAGCUACUUGAGACCAACCAGCUGGUAGCUGACAUGGAGGUCUCUCUGACGGCCCUGGAGCCGGUCUUGAAACAGAAGUCCAUCGACACGGACAAGCUGAUGGAGAGGCUGGCUGUGGAUCAGGAGGCUGCUGAUCAGGUGCGUAAAGUCGUUCUUGACGACGAGGCCACAGCCAAGGUCAAGGCGGAGGAGACCCAGGCCAUCGCUGACGAUGCCCAGCGGGAUCUAGACGAAGCUCUACCGGCCCUGGAGUCGGCUCAGAAGGCCCUGGAUGCCUUGGAUAAGAAUGACAUCUCUGAGAUCAAGGUGUUCAACAAGCCGCCGGACAUGGUGUUGACUGUCAUGGAGACCAUCUGUAUCCUUCUCGGUGUCAAGCCUGACUGGCCCAGUGCCAAGGGUCUUCUGAGCGACCCCAACUUCCUGAAGAGAUUGAUGGACUAUGAUAAGGACAACGUCCCGGAUUCCUAUCUCAAGAAGCUCAAGAAGUACAUUGAGAACCCCAAGUUUGUACCAGAGGUUGUCGAGAAAACUUCAAAAGCUUGCAAGUCCAUGUGCAUGUGGGUAAGAGCCGUGGAUCUCUACUCCAAAGUGUUCCGCACCGUGGAACCCAAGAAGAAAAAGCUGAAAGAGGCAGAAGACGAGCUAGCAGCCACCAUGAGCGUCCUCAAGGAGAAACAAGACAAGCUAGCGGCCGUGGAAGCCCAGAUCGCCGAGCUGCAGGCGUCUUACGACGCCAGCGUCAAUGAGAAGGAAACGUUGGUCAAGACGAUGGCUCAGACGGCCGGGCGACUCAAGAGGGCCGGCAAGCUGACCACGGCGCUGGGGGAUGAGCAGGGACGCUGGCAAGAGAGUGUUCUGGAAUUUGAGAAGGAAAUUGGCAAUGUAGUGGGCAACGUGUUUGUGGCAGCAGCCUGCGUAGCUUAUUUCGGAGCGUUCACCAGCUCUUACCGUGUGGAGCUAGUCAAACGCUGGACUGAUUGCUGUAAGGAACUGGAGAUACCCGUGACUGAUGAGUUGACACUACUCAAGGUCUUAGCUGACCCGUUUGAGAUCCGUCAGUGGAACGCAGACGGCUUACCCAGGGAUAACGUGUCUACAGAGAACGCCAUCUUGGUGACUCGAGGACGGCGCUGGCCACUGAUGAUUGACCCCCAAGACCAGGCCAACCGAUGGAUCCGCAGCCGUGAAGCCAAGAACGGCUUGAAGGUGAUCAAGCUGACUGACGCCAACUUCCUGAGAACCUUGGAGAAUGCCAUCCGUAUCGGUAUGCCGGUAUUACUGGAGGAGGUGGGCGAGACGUUGGAUCCGGCAUUGGAACCCAUCCUACUCAAACAGACAUUUUCCCAGGGCGGGCGAUUGCUGAUUCGUCUCGGAGACAGCGACAUCGAUUACGACAAGAACUUCCGAUUCUACAUGACCACUAAGAUGUCUAACCCUCACUAUCUGCCAGAGGUCUGCAUCAAGGUCACUAUCAUUAACUUCACUGUCACCAAGUCUGGUCUGGAGGAUCAGCUACUCAGUGACGUGGUGCGUCUGGAGCGACCGGAUCUCGAGGAGCAGCGUAACCAGCUGAUCGUCCGCAUCAACGCUGACAAGAACCAACUGAAAGCUAUCGAAGAUCGCAUCUUGAAACUGCUCUUUGAAUCUGAGGGAAACAUCCUGGAUAACGAAGAACUGAUUGACACCCUCAACAAGUCCAAGGUGACGUCUGGAGUGAUCUCAACCCGUCUCAAGGAGGCAGAGCAGACAGAAGAGAAGAUUACCUUAGCUCGUGAGAAGUACCGUCCCGUGGCUGCCCGAGGCUCUGUCAUGUACUUUGUAGUUGCUUCGUUGGCCGAGAUUGAUCCCAUGUACCAGUAUUCACUCAAGUACUUCAAAAAUUUGUUCAACCAGUGCAUUGAGAGCAGUGAGAAGAGCGACAAUCUGGACACCAGACUUAAGAUUCUCCUGCGCCAGACUACUAUAGCAGUCUACACUAACGUUUCCAGGGGUCUGUUUGAGGUUCACAAGUUGGUGUAUUCCUUUAUGCUGUGUGCCGACAUCAUGAGACAGGAGGAGAAGAUCGGACCGACAGAAUGGAACUUCUUCCUGCGUGGCACGGCCGGAAUGGAUAAGGAGCGACCACCCAAACCAGACAUACCCUGGCUGUCAGAUCAAGUGUGGAACACCACUGUUGAUCUAGAUGACACAGUCCCUGCCUGCAAGGGUUUAUUGAGAGACAUCCAGGCUACCCCUGUCCACUGCAAGAUAGGACGUCUGGAGGUGGCUCCUAAUCCUGCCUCCUGGGAAGGCUACGGCCCGCCCCCACCGGCCUACGAACCUCCCCCGCCCCCUCCAGAGGGAGAAGAGGCCCCGCCCAUAGAGGACGAUGGCAAGGUCAAGGGUCACUGGGAACAGCGCCUCAGCAGCUUCCAGAAACUCAUGAUGGUCAAGUGCUACAUGGAAGAAAAGGUUGUCUUUGCCGUGACGGACUUCGUCCACGAGAACCUGGGCAAGGUCUUUGUGGAGAGCCCAGCGGUAGACCUAGCCACCCUGUACGAGGACAUGACCCCCACCACGCCGCUGGUCUUCGUCCUGAGCACGGGCUCCGAUCCCAUGGGGGCGUUCCAGCGGUUCGCCAAGGAGAGAGGCUUCAUGGAGCGCAUUCAGGCCAUCUCGCUGGGCCAGGGGCAGGGCCCCGUGGCUGAGAAGAUGAUGGAUGCUGCCGCUAAGAUUGGAGACUGGGUCUUCCUGCAGAAUUGUCAUCUGGCCGCAUCUUGGAUGUUGUCCAUGGAGGAGAAGAUCAAGGAGCUAGGAGAACCGAGCUAUGACAUGCACGAGGACUUUCGUCUGUUCCUGAGCUCCAUGCCUACCACCAAGUUCCCCGUGUCCGUCCUGCAGAACAGCGUCAAAGUCACCAACGAGCCGCCCAAGGGACUCCGGGCUAACGUACGCCGGGCCUUCUCUGAGAUCACGCAACAGCAGUUUGAGGAGCACAUUCUUGGCAUCAAGUGGCGGAAGCUCAACUUUGGCAUCUGCCUGUUCCACGCCAUCAUUCAAGAACGCAAGAAGUUUGGCCCUCUAGGCUGGAACAUUAAGUAUGAGUUCAAUGACAGUGAUCGUGAGUGUGCCUUGGAGAAUCUUCGCAUGUUCCUUGCCGACGGAGAAAUACCUUGGGAUGCCCUCGUCUACAUCACGGGAGAGAUUACCUACGGUGGUCGCGUGACAGAUGCUUGGGAUCAGCGAUGUCUGCGAACCGUCUUGAGACGAUUCUUCUCUCCGGUAACUCUAGACCAAGACUACAAGUACUCUGAGUCAGGAAUUUACUACUGUCCUGAUCUGGACACCCUGAGCGAGUACCGUAAUUACGUGGAGAAUCUACCCAUCAUUGACGAACCAGAGAUCUUUGCUAUGUUUGACAACGCCAACAUCGCAUUCCAGCGUCAAGAGACCCAGCAAUUGAUCAACACCAUCCUGGAGGUCCAGCCUCGCAUGGCAUCCGGCGGUAGCGGUAUGAGCAACGACGACAUCGUCUACGAGCUAGCUGAGAGUAUCUUGGCCAAACUGCCGGAUAACUUGGAUAUCGAUGAGGCUUAUCAAGAAAUGUUCAAGGCUGACGACAAGGGACGCAUCAACUCACUGACAACUGUACUCUGCCAAGAGGUUGAUCGCUUCAAUAUUCUCUUGAAAGUCAUCAAGAGCUCCAUGCGGACCAUUCAGAAGGCCAUCAAGGGUCUGGUAGUCAUGUCUGAGGAACUGGAGAGCGUCUACCACAGCUUCAUCAACAACCAAGUCCCUGAGAUGUGGAGCAACGCGGCCUACCCAUCCCUCAAGCCGCUAGCCUCCUGGGUCAAAGACCUGCAGCUCAGGGUGUCCUUCAUUGGGCAUUGGAUCGUCCACGGCCAACCCAAGUCAUACUGGCUGUCAGGUUUCUUCUUCCCACAAGGUUUCCUGACUGGCACGCUGCAGAACCACGCUCGUAAGUACGACUACCCGAUCGAUCAGCUCAACUUCAGGUUCACCGUCCUGCCCAACUACCGAGACCAAGCCGAAGUCGACGCGCAACAGGAGAAACUGGCCUUCGGUCAGGUGACAGACUCUGACAAAGAGGGCUUAGGUAGUAAGGGAAAAGGAGAUCCACCCUCAAAGGAUAGGGAGCAGGCAGAAGGUGGAGAGGAUGAGGUGGAAAUUACCUGCGUCUGUGUUAAGAAUGAUCCGAACGAGCCUAGUGUAGAUUCAGAACUUCCUUCACCCGAGAACGGCGUGUUGGUUCACGGUCUGUUCAUGGACGCCUGUCGUUGGGACGAUGAGACCAUGAAACUGGCCGACUCCCGCCCUGGUGAGAUGAACCCAACGCUGCCUGUCAUGCUGAUGGAACCAGAGAUGAACUUCAGCCCCGAUCCCAUCAAUUACAUCAGCCCACUGUACAAGACUGGGCUGAGGGCAGGCACACUCUCCACAACAGGUCAUUCCACCAACUUUGUCGUGGCUGUCCACCUUCCGUCCAAUCAACCUCAGGAUUACUGGAUUUCCAAAGGCUCCGCCCUGCUCUGCCAGCUCAACGAAUAGGAACCAGCCUACCAUAUUCACCUUCACAAGUUUAUGUAUUAGCUGGCGUGCUAUUGGUGGAUUUAAAACUUAUACAAAAAUUAAGUUGAGUUACAAAUGAAUGUCUCCAAACCAUUUACAAUUCAUUCCAAAAGGAUAUUCGGUAUAUUUAAAAGUUUUGUUACUUGAUGUAAAAAGUGGUGUUCUUUUUAAAGGCAUAUAAUUUUGUAUUUGACAGAUUGAAUUUAAUCCACCGUUUUACGUAUUAAAAUACACCGUAAAUGUUUUGUUUGCUUCUUGCGAAAUUAUCGAAUUAUUACUUGUAUAUUUCAUUCCAAGUUUGUGUGGCUAAAAAAAGAGUGGCAAAAACUAAUGAUUUGUGAUUUGAGUUGAUGACCUAAUUUGUGUUUUGCAUAAACAGGUAAAUUAUAAUGCUUUUGUAAAUAGUUUCCUGUGUGGAUUUAUUGUAUAUAGUUUUAGAUAGUUGGGUUGGGUCCAUCUAAACGUAUAUGCAUAUAAAGUUAUGUAGGAAAGAACUUGAAACUGUAAAUAAAUACAUAAAUAAUUUUUAGAGAACACAUGCCUUUCCAAA